AUGAAAGUUUUGAGCUGGAACUGCCGGGGUUUGGGGAGUCCCCGAGCAGUUCGAGCCUUGCUAAGGCUCACCCGCUUAGAAAACCCUGACGUGCUUUUCAUUAUGGAAUCGCGGUUGAAACAGGAGGAAGCACAGAGUAUCAAAUAUAGGUGUGGUUUUGAUUCUGGUAUUAGUGUUGAUUGUAGAGGAGAAGGUAGGAGUAGAGCUGGUGGAUUGAUUCUUCUGUGGAGAAAUAUCAUUCAGCUAAAGAUUAUGUCUUAUUCUGCAAAUCAUAUUGGAGGCGCUAUUGUGGAUGUGGUAGAUAAUCAGGACUGGUUCUUCCAUGGAGUGUAUGGUUACCCGGAGGAGACCAAUAAACAACAUACGUGGCAAUUAAUCCAGGAUUUGAUUACUAGAAGUGGUGACAGAGUAAUCAUUUUUGGGGACCUCAACGACACUUUGUAUGAACAUGAGAAAGCUGGAGGAAAUCCAAGAUCUUCUGCUCAACUGUCUAUGGGUAGACAAACUAUGGAUAUUUGUGGUCUUUCUGAUUUAGGAUUUCAGGGUCAUCCUUACACAUGGACAAAUGGCAGGCAAGGCGACAACAACAUCCAAUGCAGAUUGGACAGAGCCAUUGCAUCUCAAAGCUUCCUCAACAGAUUCAGCCCCCAUAAAGUUUCUCAUCUUCCCAGAUUUGGCUCGGACCAUGCUGUGUUAAAGAUUGAACUGGAAGUUGAUUUAGGUUCAAAAGGCAGAAGGAGAGUUCAUCUCUUUAGAUUUGAGGAGGCCUGGUCAAAAGACAAAAAGUGCGAAGAUUCAGUGAGGGAGGUUUGGAAUAGUGCGCCUGGUAGUGGAGUGUCCAAGAUAGCUGGUUUGCAAAGGAUUGAGGAUCACUUCAAAGAAUAUAGAAUAAGUGGUUUAAAGAAAGAGUUGAGAAGAAUUGAGGAUCUCCUAAACAAUGAUAGUAAUUGGGACGGUAGUGAGGAAGCCUGA